AUGGACGGUCUCCUCGCCAUUUGGCAUACCUGGCGCUUACCACUUGUUGUGGUCUUCGCUGUCUUACUCGUGAGCCUUCGAUUGUAUCGCCGCGGAAAAUCUCGAUCCCACACGCUCACAACCACCUCCAUCCCGACCCCGCCCCGCAUCGAAUCUCACGAGAAAUCAAUCUCUCGCGUGCCGCCCGUUGCCACCCCUCGCCAAAACUAUACCAAUGACAAGGAAAACUCCAACACGAGUCAGACAGGGGCAACGGCCAAGUUGGCCGCUGGUCCUAAGCGCGUUCAGAGUAAACGCCCUGCCAAAACCGUCACCGGCCGUCGAGCUAUUAGCGAGGAGCAAACACAUCCGCUCUUCAUUCAGCCUGUGAUCUUCUUUGCAUCUCUGACGACGACAACGGAGCGUUAUGCCAACCUACUACUAGAGGAACUACGCGUAGUGGCACAGGAGUAUACCAAGCUUGGAAUUCCCAAUGGUGGUCUGCUACUUCCACAGAUUCAUGAUAUCUCUUAUAUCGACUUUGAGGAUUACUUUGCCUCCGCUCCACAGCCUCCAUCCACAGCCCCUGGGACCCGUUACCUCUACUGCAUCUUGGUUCCAACUUACAACAUUGACACGGUGCUCAACACUCUUCUCGCCCAUCUCGACGAAAUCCACAAUGAUUUCCGCAUCGAUACUGCACCUUUGUCCCAACUAGCGGGAUACUCCGUGUUUGGAUUUGGUGACAAAGAAGAGUGGCCGACCGAAGAGGAGGGAUUUUGCUCUCAAGCAAAGGAAGUUGAUCGCUGGAUGGCCAAGCUGACAGGUCGCAAGCGGGCAUAUCCAUUGGGAAUGGGCGAUGUGAAGAAUGAUGCUGAGGGCUCGCUGAGGAAAUGGUCGGAGGGACUUCAGGAGACGAUCGUGGACAUUCUACGAAAUGGAGGCCUUGGAGAGGGCGUGCCCGGUAGUGGAGAUGCCGUGGAAAGUGACGAGGAAGAUUUGGAAGAUAUGGAGUACCUGGACGAUGAAUCUUAUGCGGCUAAGCAGAAAAAGAUGGGCGGGGCGACUAUGGUGGACUUGGAGGACAUCAAGAUGAACGGGCAGUCGGGAGCCCCUAUUCCCAUUGACUUCACUACGGCCGGUCCAACCAUCCUUGCGGAGCCGCAGGCCAAAGAAAUGGUACCGAAAACGUCUCCGACUUAUAGUGCUCUCACCAAACAAGGAUACACGAUUGUUGGCUCGCAUUCGGGCGUCAAAAUCUGCCGAUGGACAAAGUCCGCGCUUCGGGGGCGAGGUUCUUGCUACAAGUACUCAUUCUAUGGGAUCAGAUCUCAUCUCUGCAUGGAAGCCACCCCAUCUCUGUCAUGCAGCAACAAGUGCAUCUUCUGUUGGCGGCACGGCACGAACCCAGUUGGUACCACGUGGCGAUGGAAAGUGGACUCGCCCGAGCUGAUCUUCAAUGGAGUGAAAGAAGGCCACUACAAGAAGAUCAAAAUGUUGAAGGGAGUGCCUGGAGUUCGUGCGGAACGGUUCGCUGAAGCGAUGCAGAUCAGACACUGCGCCCUGAGUCUGGUCGGCGAACCGAUCUUCUACCCCCGCAUCAAUCGAUUCCUGGAUAUGCUGCACCAGGAGCGGAUUUCCAGUUUUUUGGUUUGCAAUGCCCAACAUCCUGAUCAGCUUGAGGCCCUGAACCGGGUGACACAGUUGUAUGUCUCGAUCGAUGCGAGCAACCGAGAGAGUCUUCGCAAGAUUGAUCGCCCUCUGCACCGAGAUUUCUGGGAGCGGUUCCAGCGCUGUCUGGACAUUCUGCGCGAAAAGCGUCACAUUCAAAGAACCGUUUUCCGGCUUACCCUUGUCAAAGGGUUCAACGUGGAGGAUGAAGUGAUGGGAUAUGCCAACCUAGUUGAGAAAGCUUUGCCAGGCUUGAUCGAGGUCAAGGGAGUCACAUUCUGUGGGACAAGCACGAGUGCCGGCGCCGGUUUGACAAUGAAGAAUGUGCCCUUCUACGAAGAGGUCUCGGCCUUUGUUGUCGCUCUCAACAAUGAGCUCCAGCGUCGUGGCCUGGAGUAUGGCAUUGCUGCCGAGCACGCGCACAGUUGCUGCGUGCUUCUAGCCUCGGAGCGAUUCCGAGUGAAUGGCAAAUGGCAUACGCGGAUUGACUAUGAUCGCUUCUUUGAACUCCUGGAGAAGGAGAAAGCUGACGGCACCUCCUUCGCCCCCGAGGAUUAUAUGCGUGAAACAGAGGAAUGGGCACUAUGGGGUCGUGGUGGCUUCAACCCCGAAGACGAACGUGUCUUCCGAAAGGGCCGUGAUGCUGAUUCGCGGGCUCGGAAAGCUCGUGAGAUUCUGGGCGCGGAGAUGGUGCCAGAGGCUGUCUGA